CGCAUGCGCGCUGACUUGAACCGACCGCGCGCGAGACACUCUAGGAAGAAGGAGUGUCGCUUGUUUGCUGCUCUUGUCACUGUCGUCCCCAUUUCAAAACCAAUACCAACCGACGCUCAUUCGAAUAAAAAUGUGGAACCAGGGAGGAUACAAUGACUCGAGUAUGGCUAGUGGCUACACUCAGUCUCCCGGCGGCUUUGCCUCCCCGUCCUUGUCCCAGGGAGGAGAGAAGAAAGGGAGGACCAGAGCCUCACAGAUCAUCCCCUGCACUGUAUCCCAGCUGAUGUCCGCCACCCAGUCGGACGAAGCCUUUAAAAUUGGUGAAGUGGAAGUGGCCCAGGUGACCCUGUUGGGAAUCAUUAGGAGUACAAACAAAUCCAUGACCAACAUCCAGUACAAGGUGGACGACAUGACGUGUGCCCCCAUGGACGUGAAGCAGUGGGUCGACACUGAGGACCCCAGCGUGGACGGCUCCGUGCUACCCCCUGGCACAUACGUCAAAGUAUCAGGAAACAUGCGCUCCUUUCAGAAUCACAGGUCGGUGGUGGCAUUCAGCGUCAGGCCCCUGGGGGACAUGAACGAGAUCACGUCGCACAUGCUGGAGGUGGUGCAGGCGCACAUGGCGCUCGGCAAGCCUCAGACCUCGGUCCAGGCAAGCCUGGGAAUGAGUAGCUACGCGCCGUCCAUGUCGCGGCCUGCGGCUGCCGGCGUCACGGACACGGGCUACAUGGGCGCACGCAACAUGGCCAACAACGGCUUAAGCAGCAAUCAGAACCAGGUGCUGAGUCUGAUCAAAGGCUGUCCGGAUCCACAAGGCAUCGGUCUUCAGGAGCUGAAGACGAGACUGUCCGGCCUUAGUAUGAUGGCCAUCAAACAAGCAGUAGAAUUCCUGAGCAACGAGGGUCACAUCUUCUCCACAAUCGACGAAGACCACUUCAGGUCAACGGAUUGUGACAUGUAGUACUCAUCAUCUUUGUCCAAAUGGAUGAUGCCGAAGGCGCUCAUUUGUAAAUGUAAAACUUCUUUUUCGUUUGUUUGUUUGUAAAAGAAACAAGUUCUUUGUCACCUCAAAUAAAAUACUAUUGU